AUGACUGGUGGGAAGAAAAGUUCCAAGGAAAAGAGGAGGAGGAGGAGGUCAAGUUCUCAUGACACGAGUUCCCAGGUAGAGAGGAAGAGGAGGAAUACGGAAUCCAGUCACCAGGAACCAGAAACCUCUGCUCUACAUUCUGCAGUGAAAGAAGAAGAAGAAGUAGAGGAGUUGAGUGAUAUAGAAGAAGGUGGACUGGAUUUGAAUGUGCCUCUUAAACCGAUUAGCUUCUACAUAUCUGAUAGAAAGGAGAUGAUGGAACAUUGCUUCCGUGUUCUUGGUGAUCGGAAACUUAAGAAAAUGCUUCCUGAUAUGCUCAAGGAUUUGCCUCUUGAUGAAAUAAAGCGGUUGUGCCUGGAGCAAGUGGAAAUGGAAACUGAUGACAAUUUGCUCAGAAUUCUGCAGGGUGACCAUGGAGAAGACUCUGCAGCAGAAGAGGAAGGACAUGCUAAAUCCAGAGCAAGUCUAAGCAGCCAACAUGAUAACGAUUUAACAUCUUCCUUAAGAGACAGUGUGGAGGAUUUGGAUGCAAAAACAGGAAAAGGAGAAGACUAUGAUGCUCUUAGCAUUAAUGCGGAUACCUAUGAUAGUGACAUAGAAGGGACAAGCUUUGAAGAACGUAGCCAUGACCCAUCUGUCACAACUGCCACAAAAGUAACUGGAGAGCCUGAUGACCUUGUGAUGGAUAUUGAAAAAAGCGUCAAUGAAAUUCUUGGCCUGGCUGAGCCAAUAGCUGAAGAGACGCCCCCUGGACCAGUUGCUGUACUCCCAGAGGACAUACAACCAUCAGCACAACAGCUUGAGCUGCUUGAACUGGAAAUGAGAGCUCGUGCUAUUAAAGCCCUUAUGAAAGCUGGUGAUGUGAAGAAGACAUGA